UGUAGAAAAUUGUUAGUUUAAGAAAAUGUAUUAUAGAAAGUGUUUCAUUUAUUUCAUUUUCGUUGUCAAUUACAACAUAAUCUGUGGGGACAUUUCCGCGUCAAACAAAACAGAAGAAAACAAGCCAAUUUUUAGAUCACAAGUUACCGAAGGUACUUUUGAACCUCAAUGGUUAACUGGUCUUCGUCAGAAAAUAAAUGAAGCUAUAAAUAGUUACGGCUACAAAGACGCGAAACGAUACAUAGCAAAAUAUGUAGAUGAAAUAGAGAAGAAUGCAAAACUUUUGCUCCAUGUAAAAGUAAACCCCAAAGGAUUAGCCAGCGUUGAACAUAAGCCCAUAUUAAAAACCGGGUUUUCUGGAGACUACGAUAUAUUCAGUAUAUUCAAUGACGCUGAUCGCGAUUCUGGUCCGGAUUGGUUAAAAGAUCUUAAAGAUAAUGUCAAAGUGUUAAUUAAUAUGCUGGGCAGGGAAACAGCCUCCUAUAUAUUGAUACCGAUCGUCUUAGCCACCGAAUAUAUGUACAGCGUCAAAAUAACUGACAUCGAUGUCGACCAAUCAGGUGAAGUUAUUGUGAAGUACCACGAAGUAGAUGAAGUGAAUAUAUUAGGGACUACGACCAGGUCACGCAAAAAUAGAAAAAGAAAAUAUUCGAGAAUUCGUAGCGAGAAGAGAACGUAAUAACAAUGAGUGUGUUAAAAAAUGAGAUAACUAUAAAAUGUUUAAAGUAAAUAAAGUAAAGCUUAUAUAAUAAUAUUGUUAUAAUUUUUUU